AUGCCGAGAGGCUGCCAGGGGACCUGGAGCAGACGACACAAGAUAUACAGAGAGCAGCUGAACCUCACUUCUCUGGACCCCCCAGUGCAGCUCCGACUUGAGGCCAGCUGGCUCCAGUUCCACCUGGGAAUCAACCGCCACGGGCUGUACUCCCGGUCCAGUCCUGUCGUCAGCAAACUGCUCCGCGACAUGAGGCACUUUCCCACCAUCAGUGCUGAUUACAGUCAGGACGAGAAAGCCUUGCUUGGGGCGUGUGACUGCACCCAGAUUGUGAAGCCCAGUGGGGUCCACCUCAAGCUGGUUCUGAGGUUCUCGGACUUCGGGAAGGCCAUGUUCAAACCCAUGAGACAGCAGCGAGAGGAAGAGACGCCCGCCGACUUCUUCUACUUCAUUGACUUCCAGAGACACAAUGCCGAGAUUGCAGCUUUCCACCUGGACAGGAUCCUGGACUUCCGACGGGUGCCACCAACAGUGGGGAGGCUAGUCAAUGUCACCAAGGAAAUCCUAGAGGUCACCAAGAAUGAAAUCCUGCAGAGCGUUUUCUUUGUCUCUCCAGCCAGUAACAUGUGCUUCUUCGCCAAGUGUCCAUACAUGUGCAAGACCGAGUACGCUGUCUGUGGCAACCCCCACCUGCUAGAGGGCUCUCUCUCUGCGUUCCUGCCGUCCCUCAACCUGGCUCCCAGGCUGUCUGUGCCCAACCCCUGGAUCCGCUCCUACUCGCUGGCCGGAAAAGAGGAGUGGGAGGUCAAUCCUCUGUACUGCGACACAGUGAAGCAGAUCUACCCGUACAACAGCAGUGACCGGUUGCUCAACAUUAUCGACAUGGCCAUCUUCGACUUCCUGAUCGGAAAUAUGGAUCGUCACCAUUAUGAGAUGUUCACCAAAUUUGGGGAUGAUGGGUUCCUUAUUCACCUGGACAAUGCCAGAGGGUUUGGGCGACACUCCCAUGACGAAAUCUCCAUCCUCUCGCCUCUCUCCCAGUGCUGCAGGAUAAAAAAGAAAACACUCUUGCACCUGCAGCUGCUGGCCCAAGCUGACUACAGGCUCAGUGACGUGAUGCGGGAGUCACUGCUGGAGGACCAGCUCAGCCCCAUCCUCACAGAGCCCCACCUCCUCGCCCUGGACCGGAGGCUCCAGGUCAUCCUAAGGACCGUGGAGGGGUGCAUAGCGGCCCACGGAGAGCAGAGUGUCGUAGUCAGUGGCCCAGCAGAACAGGCAGCCCCAGACUCUGGCCAGGCUAACCUGACAAGGUAGGGGCUGGACGAGCCCAACUGCAGAAACGACACCUGCAGCCACGGUGGACUCGAGUGCGGACCUCUGCGUCCUCACGUGCCCUGGCCCAAGCUGGAGGCCCUGGGUUGUGAGCUCAGGGAGCAGGUAGGGCAUUGGGACGGUCCUCAAAGAGCCAAAGUGGGACCCUGGCCUGCCUUCCUGGUGCACCGUUUCUUGAGUGGACUGACUGCCCUGGCUCCGCAGACCACCUCCUGAGCCCACUGGGAAAUCUGGAUAAAUCCAAGGUCAGACUUGAAGGGUAUGGAAGCCUUAAUCCCAGAAGAGAGUAUUAAUUGUUACAAAUAAAAGGACAUCAAGUGGAUACCUAA